AUGGGAGCUGAUGGAUCAAGACUUUCAUUUCAGCAAAAACAAGAACAAACGGAAUCACUCAUGCAACAGAAUGUCGAAAUAGCAGAACAUUUGUCGAAACAACACGCUGCACAUAAAAAGAAACCUGAUACAGUGCUCAAUGAGGUCGGCAAGAAUAUGUUUGCACAUGUGAAAUUAAUAAAUAAUGGUGCAAAUGCUCCAAAUCAAAUGGAAAAAAUCGAAAUCGAAGGUGUAACAUAUGAGAUCUUUGACUUCAUUAGUAAAGGUGGAUUCGGUCAGGUCUACAAGGCUCGAGCUGGCAAUAAUAAUCGUAUUGUAGCAAUUAAAAUCAUGAAAAAUACGCCAGAUAUGCGAGAGGAAGUUCAAAAUGAAAUUCGUUUCUUAAGUUUAACAAAAACGAUAUUACUUGACAAUCAUCCAAAAGAUCCUGUAGAACGUUCGAGCGCUAAGGCAACACUCAUGCAGAUGAAAGGGCAUCCAGCACUACAUUAUAUUAUCGAAUCGCUACAUGAAAGUUUCUGUCCUGUUGAUGAUGUGUGUCGUAUGAGAGUACCCGACGAUAUUCACCAACAGCUAGCUAAACUCGCCAAACCAGGUCAUUUUGUUCGCGCGUCUGAUUCAUCUUCAGCAAGAUCAUUAUCGGAAUCACGUCGCCCAUGUAGAUAUGGUCGAAAUUGUUACAACCAUGAUGCUGAUCAUCGCAAGAAUUUUGCACAUCCAGGUGACUCGAACUAUCAUGUACCAGGAGGCGCUUCGAGUCGUCCACUUGAAAAGCAGGAAUGUCGUUAUGGCGCGGAUUGUUAUCGGGUGGACGCUGAUCAUCUUAAUAAAUAUGCGCAUCCAAUCGAUUCAAGUCAUCAUUCAAUUUGUGGCAGCAGUCAUGGACAUUCAUCAAAGCCGAACUGUCGCUAUGGAGCUGCCUGUUACGACAACGAUCCUGAGCAUCGCAGACAGUAUACGCAUCCAACUGGUUCAAUUCAUCAUUCAAUUUGUGGCAGCAGUCAUGAAAAUUCUCCAAAGCCGCACUGUCGUUAUGGAGCUGCCUGUUACGAUAAAGACCCGGAACAUCGCUCUCAAUAUGCUCAUCCAAAUGGCUCGGUUAGCGCGCAUUGUGCAAAGACGAAGUGCUCAUACGGAGCUAACUGCACUAAAAUGAAAGAUCCAGAACACAUGGCGAAAUUUCGACAUUGA